AUGUGUGGCACUGAAGAGGCCCAGACCAUCGAGCCACAAGUAAAUAUUCUUUGCUCGGCUCCAGGCUUUACAGUGCCUUAUCCCGACGAUGUCGAUGCAAAGCUUACCGAAAGUAAUACAAUCUUUAACUGGGGUGGCGUUACAAUAGCGAAGAUAUCUCCUACUAUCGCCGUGAAAUUCGGAUCUCAUGUUAGACUCAGCGAAGCAAAGAACAUAAUGUUUGUCGAGCAAAACAUAGAUACCCCAUAUUUCCACCAACUUCGUCAACUUCGCCAUGAGAAUUAUAUCGGCUCAGCUGAUUUUGGUCCUGUUACUGAUCCAUUCUUAGAGACCUAUUUCAACAAAGGACCGUUUGAUUCUGAAGAAUCCUUCAAUAACACAAUCAUCGAGGCAUACCAGCUAAAAGCACCAAAACGUCAUAUCAAGAGUUUCCUUGUUGGCAUGCUUUCCCAGAAACGAUAUCAAAUCGUAUUUACCCACGGAGACUUGCGUCCUCAGAAUAUAAUAGUCAACCAUGGAAAUAUCAGUGGGAUUGUAGACUGGGAGUUUAGUGGCUGGUAUCCUGAAUUCUGGGCGUUUUCAAAAGCCCUUUACGUUUGGAAGUGGCAAAAUGAUUGGACCAACUAUCUCAUACAGUUUCUGGAGCCUUAUUAUUCGGAGUAUGCAGUUCAUUCUUUCUUGACGGAAGUACUCUGGUGAUAUUGCAUCACAGAUAGGAUGUUGAGGUUUUU